AUGGCUGUCGCUGUGUCAAUGUUUCGUUGGAUAGAUUUACUUGAAAAAGAGUUUGACAAGGCUUUCGUAGAUCUUGACCUACUUCUGGGCGAGAUAGAUCCCGACCAGAGUGAAAUAACGUAUGAUGGUCGGCAAAGAAUGACUUCCCUGUCGUCCGUUUUCGCCCAGAUGGUCCACAAGGCACAAGCUAUAUUUCAAGCAAAUGCCAAGUUGGAGGCUGAGUUAGUAUCAAUGAGACAUGAUAUCACAGAGGAACAUGCAGCCAGAGAGGUCUUGGAGAAGGAGGUCUCCAGUUUAUUGGUCCAGUUACAUAGAGUCCAGUUACAAUUACAUUCAAACUCUGAGACAACUGACUCUGAAAGUAUCCGAGAGAAACUGGAAAGUGAAUUAAAUAAACACAAGAAGGAUUUAAUGAAAGAGGCGAGAAUUGCAGCAAUGCUUAAACAGUAUGAAAAAGAAAAUAUUGAAUUAAGGAAUCACAUAUUUAGUUUGCAAGGAGAGGUCUAUGGAGCCAGACUGGCUGCUAAAUAUCUUGAUAAAGAGUUGGCUGGCAGGAUACAACAAAUCCAGCUUCUAGGACGGGAUUUACGUGGUGAGGAACACAAUACUUUAUGGAAUCAAAUCGAAGCCGAGAUUCACCUUCACCGCCACAAGACCGUUAUCCGAGCUUGUCGCGGGAGAAAGAACCCGUUUAAAAAGACACCUGCCCCCCCUGCAAUCUCCGAACCAGAGGAAGGAGACACUGAGGCGAAGGCUCGUAGACGGAGGGGAAUUGGUGACACGCGGACUGUAAUGAUAGCGAAGAACAAAAACGAAGGCCUGGGUAUUUCAAUUACCGGUGGUAAGGAGCAUGGCGUUCCGAUCUUAAUCUCGGAAAUACACGCCGGGCUGCCGGCGGAGAGAUGCCAGGGUCUGUACGUUGGUGACGCAAUCCUCUCCUGCAAUGGCAUCGAUCUUCAGGAAGCCAAACAUUCCGAGGCAGUCAAGGUAUUGUCCUCGUUGCAUGGGGAGAUAGUCAUGGAGGUUCUCUAUGUAGCUCCUGAUGAUUCCAGCGAUGAAGACGAAACAGAUUGGGAGAAGAAAGAUGAGAAAAGAUUUAGUUCUCUGGGUCGUGUUGAAGAUCCCAAGGAACUCGCGAACGGCGAGGUCCACUUCACUAACUCGACGAGAGAGUCCGUUCGGUUUAAGAAUGCCGACGAACGUGUUAAAGAAACGACGAGUGCUCAGGAAAACAGGCAAGAGAUGAAGCUACCCAUCGACACGGCUCUGCGCACGAAACAGUUGCCAAAACUGAACAGGUCUAUCCCGGGGUUGGCCGUGGAUCUUCGCUCGCCAAAAGCACACAACUCACAGCGCGAAUCACAUGAACAUUCAGGUACACGUAAGGAUCUUCUAAGUCCUACCUCUAGUACACAGACUCAGUCACCGGACUCGCUAUCCCCGCGUUCCCCGCUAUCCCCUGUUACCCCUGAUCACCCUGACAACACAGCCAGGUGACGCAAACGGUGCGGAUAUCGUAAUACGCGUGCGGUGUGCAUUGACCUUGAAUAAUCUGGACUUUUGACGCAAAGAGGUCUGACUUUAAAUCGCAAGUUAGUUGAGUUAGUUGAGCUAUGCAAUAGAACAUUUGAAAUAGUUAAUUUAUGACGAUUGCAAAAUAAGCGUAUUUUGAAUAGAAUUCAGCGUUUAAAUCGCGCCAAUUUACCUCAUUAAUUGGAGUAGAAAAUAUGCAUGUUUUGACUAACUUUGUCUUAGCAAAAAAAGUAGCAUCUACGAAAGAUUACAAAUCUGCGCUAUUUUGCACAAUACAUUUGGCAAAGGUCUGAUUCGACUGUAUCGUAAUGUUGGAGUAUUUCUGUUGUGCAGAAUACAGACUCACUCAGUAUCCUCAAUUAUUAGUUUUAUAUUUUCCUCCUAAAAAUACAUAUGUCUAUCUAUUUAUGAUAUACGGCUCGGGUUAUUAUCGCCAUGUGGGGCUGGUCGA